AUGAGUAAUUCAGCAACGCUCAAAAAGGAAUUCCUCAAGAAAUGGAUAAAGGGCCUCCACGUGUACACUAAUUCCCACAAGGGCAAUAUGGGAAUUCUUGAGCGAAAGAGGGCCAUCAAACUAUCGGCCGAUGCAGCCAUAGCCUCGACGCGGAAGGCCACGACACACUGGAGUCGGGCCUUAAUGGACGACCUCGUCUCAUCGUUAGACGGGCCCAGCAGAAUCCUGGUCCAACAAAUACUGGACCAUAAGUGUGGCCCACCAGAUAACAAUAACAACAACAAUAAUAAUAAUAAUAAUAAUAAUAAUAAUAAUUUGGCAAUUGCAUGCAGCAAGAGGAUAUUACGAAAAAGCCGCAUCACUAGGGUUGUACCUCGGAGCGUGAAAUCGAGCUCGGGUGUUGUCGCGAGGAGGCUCGUGAGGAGAAAGACGCGCGUGCUUAAGAGGCUUGUACCGGGAGGAGAGAGAAUGGACGAGCGGUGUUUGGUCCGAGAAACCCUAGAUUAUAUCUCCUCCCUUAGGGUUCAGGUGGACGUCAUGCGAUGUCUUGCUAGUGCUGCUCACAAAUUGGAGGCUUAA